AUGUCUGACGGGUCGACGAGCCGGGAUGCGCUCCCUCUGAGCCCAACAUCGCCUUUCGCAAGAAGAAGUAGCGACCGGUCUUCUUCGCAGUAUCAUGGGCCACGAAAGGAGCCGGAUGUUUCCCUUGUGAAGUUCCUCAUCGACUAUGCAAGGGACACCGAGUGUCCGCCCUUGUUUAAGGUCUUUCUGGAGGAUGUGGUCCUGAGAGACGGCACAGGGGAUCUCUUACACAGAAUUGAAUUCUAUUUCCAGAACCCAGAAAUCAAGGGCUAUCAGCUGAGUCCCAGGUUUUGGCGUGAGCUCGAGAGCUACACCAUCUACGAGCAGAUGAUGCACCCGACAGACACGCCGGUACAUGUGACCACCCCGCCGAGUGCCCCUAUAUCGGAACAGUAUCGACCCAACUCCCAGCUUACGCCCAUACACUCAAUCAAUCUCGGAUCUGUCGUUGAGCCCGUUAAGUGCUCGUCGGAUCAAGCCCUGAUGAAGAACUGA